AUGGCUUCCGGUCGCAAGCGGACGAAGGGCGACGUGUGCGAGGCCUUUCUAGGGCGCCUUGCUGAGCGGGGUGACGUGGAGCUAGACGCCGUCCUAUUGGAGGGCAUACGCCAGCACUUUGACAGCCUACCUACACGCUAUGCACUAGAUGUAAACGUAGAUGGAUUGGACGUCCUGAGCCAUAAACGGCUUCUGGACGAGGCUCGGGCGGACCCAACGACGGUGUCAUUCGCGGUGCGGCCCGUGGAAAUAGUAGCCCAGCGAGCGGAGUCAGCUUUGCUCCAUGAGCUCCCGCGCGCCAACUCGAGGAAAUUGGGCUUAUGCCGACCAGCUUUCGGCUCGUCCCCAAACCUUCAGGCGCUGGCGCUCGAAGUUGGGGAGCGGGCUGAGGGCCAAGAGGCCGAGGCCACAGCGGUCGGGUCCAGUCGGUCUGCAGACGAUCAUGCUGUCUUCUACGAAAUAACAAUUGCUUCCGUUGAUCAGCCUAAGCUUCUGAGCCGGCUUUCCGAGGCAUUGGGGGAUUUAGGUCUCAAUAUCCGGGAAGCCCACGCCUUCAACACGAACGAUGGUUUCUCGCUAGAUGUGUUCGUCGUAGAUCAAUGGCAACCGCAGCAGCUAGCUCGGUUGCGCUUCGUUUGCCUGUCGAGCAAACACCAACCUUCUUGCAGGUGCGCACCGCAGCAGCGGCACGCGAGGGUGUGUUCGGGGGGAGGGGCCGCGGGGCCCCGACCCGAGUCGCCCGCAGUGGACGAUUGGGAAAUUGAUAUCACUCAGCUUCACAUUGAGGCAAAGAUUGCGUCCGGGGCCUUUAGCAACCUGUAUAAGGGGACAUACUGCGGACAGGAAGUGGCCGUCAAAAUCCUUAAGGACGUGCACGAUGAUUCGUCCCAAUACCAGGAGUUCCUACAGGAGGUGUCGAUCAUGCGGAAGGUCCGCCACAAGAACGUGGUCCAGUUCAUCGGCGCGUGCACGCGCAAGCCCAACCUGUGUAUCGUCUUCGAAUACAUGUCGGGCGGCAGCGUGUACGACUAUAUCAGACGGGAGGGACCGCUAAAACUUUCCGCGAUCUUAAAACUGGCAGCAGACGUUGCCCGUGGGAUGGACUAUUUACACCAGCGGAAAAUCAUCCACCGGGAUCUCAAGGCCGCUAACUUGCUCAUGGACGAGAACGCCAUUGUCAAGAUAGCAGACUUUGGCGUGGCACGUGUCAUCGAGAGCUCCGGGUGCAUGACCGCCGAGACUGGCACAUAUCGUUGGAUGGCGCCAGAGGUGAUUGAGCACAAACCAUACGACGAGAAGGCGGACGUCUUCUCGUUCGGCAUCAUACUGUGGGAGCUGCUUACUUGCAAGGCAGGUGGCGCCGUGCCGUACUCGGAUAUGACGCCGCUCCAGGCAGCUGUCGGGGUGGUGCAGAAAGGCUUGCGGCCGGGCAUUCCGCUAAACUGUCCCCUGCCCCUCGCUGAGCUUAUGGAGGCGUGCUGGGCCGGGAACCCCGUCCAGCGUCCCAGCUUCCGCGAACUGGCGCCGCGACUGCAGGCGCUGUUUACGAUGGCGCUGGAGGAGGAGAAGCGGCAGGAAACCAAGCCUGUUGCGACGAAACAGGGCCUGUUGUCGAAACUUCGUGGAAAAUAA